UCUAACAUGGGGAGCUUUGUUUUUAACUUCUUGUUAAUUAACAAGGAGUCCCUAGGCAAGGCGUCUUUUUACAAUAAUUUUUUUUUUCUUCUCAAUAAAAUAAAAUAAAAGCUCUAGCCAUGGCAUCAAAAAUUCAAGUUUUGUUGCCAAUUCUUUUGUUGGCACUAACCUGCAUUCCCACUAUGUAUGCCAACAUCCUAGAAACCGAUGCGUAUAUCAAGGAUAUAACCAGAGACUUUGAUCCUUAUUGGUGGCAAAGAGCUGAGGUUGCUAAAAUAGAAAACCAAAAAGCUUAUUUUCCUGAUCCCUAUGCCGUCUCCAGCGACUUCACCUCUGCUAUUACCGAUGAAAUUGCUAGAGUAACUUCUGGACAGAUUGGAGCAAGUUCUGGAAAGAUUGGAGCAGCUUUUGCUUUUGGACCGAUUGGAGCAAGGAGGUUUUUGAGGGAAAAAUCCACACCCACCAGCCACUGAUUCUUUUGACAAGCAGUUUCUGCUUCUGCCUUGCGUCAAUCACAUCCCUACUCUCAUAACUAGAACUCAAAUGUUUUUGAUAUAAGAAGAAAAAAAACUAAUAACAAAGUCUCAAAUUUUGGUCAGCACUAGUGUCAUAUCACUUCAAUUCAUUGUGCAUUGGUGUAGAAUGAUAUUUAGUCCCAAAUUUUUCUUCUUUAUG